AUGAGCAAGCUGCUGUGCUGCGCGCUGCUGUUCCUGGACAUCUCCAUUAAGUGGACCACCCAAGAAAUAUUUCCCCCAAAGUACCUUCACUAUGACCCAGAAACCUCUCACCAGCUGAUGUGUGACAAAUGUCCCCCUGGUACCUACUUAAAGCAGCACUGUACAGCAAGGCGGAAGACUGUGUGUGCCCCUUGUCCCGACAACUACUACACCAACACCUGGCACACCAGCGAUGAGUGUCUGUACUGCACCACAGCAUGCAAAGAGCUGCAGUAUGUCAAGCAGGAGUGCAACCGCACCCACAACCGUGUGUGCGAAUGUGAGGAAGGGCGCUACCUUGAGGUGGAGUUCUGCUUGAAGCACAGGAGCUGCCCCCCUGGCUUUGGAGUUCUGCAAGUUGGAACCCCAGAGCGAAAUACAGUUUGCAAAAGAUGUCCAGAUGGGUUCUUCUCCAAUGAGACGUCCGCUAAAGCACCCUGUAGAAAACACACCAACUGCAGUGCAUUUGGUCUCCUUCUGACGCAGAGAGGAAAUGCAACACAUGACAAUAUAUGUUCCAGAAACAGUGACAUGACACGCAGAUGUGGAAUAGAUGUUACCCUGUGUGAGGAGGCAUUCUUCAGGUUUGCUGUUCCUACCAAGUUCACCCCAAACUGGCUCAGUGUCCUAGUGGACAAUUUGCCUGGCACCAAAGUAAAUGCAGAGAGUGUGGAGAGGAUAAAAAGACGGCACAGCUCACAAGAACAGACCUUCCAGCUGCUGAAAUUAUGGAAACAUCAAAACAAAGACCAGGAUUUGGUCAAGAAGAUCAUCCAAGAUAUAGAUCUCUGUGAAAACAGCGUGCAGCGGCACCUCGGGCACAUGAACCUCACCUUCGAGCAGCUCUGCAGCUUGAUGGAAAGCUUGCCAGGCAAGAAAGUCACCACAGAAGACAUCGAGCAAACGACGAAGGCUUGCACAUCAGGUGAACAGAUCCUGAAGCUGCUCAGCCUGUGGAGGGUCAAAAACGGCGACCAGGACACUCUGAAAGGCCUCAUGCACGCACUGAAGCACUUGAAAAUGUACCACUUCCCCAAAACGGUCUCCCAGAGCCUGAGAAAGACCAUCAGGUUCCUUCACAGCUUCACCAUGUACAGACUGUAUCAGAAGCUGUUUCUAGAAAUGAUAGGGAACCAGGUCCAAUCAGUGAAAAUAAGCUGCUUAUAA